CCAUAUAUUAAGGCAUCGCCUUGGCCCAAAUUAUCGCCGAGACAGCAGGGGCAUUUUGCACAUGAUGCGACGGCAAAUAGCAUAGCACACUGAGUCGCCUUCAUUAAACAUGUAGCCUUUUGGUUUUAAAGCGAGAAAUAGCAGUCGACAGUGCGCAACAUAAUGGAACCUCUGCGGGCAAUGGACAUUCGCUUUGGGGCCUUGACGACACUUCUUGACGACAUUAAAGGCCGCAAACGAGCGGCAAAGGUAAAGCGACUGCAGCGCUUCUUCACAGCAUUAUCUAAGAAUAACGACGGGGAUGACCUUUACGGUCUUUUCCGCCUGCUGUUGCCAAAGUUGGAUCACGAGCGGGGCUUCUACGGCAUUAAGGAGUACCGCCUCGCCUCCCUGCUGGCCACCGCGCUGGGCGCCUCCCACCCGCGCGCCCGCACCGCCCGGCAGCACUGGCGCCAGCUGGCGCACCGCGGGCGCUGCAAGUUCCCCGACGUCAUGCAGCAGGUGCUGCUGGACGCGUACUGCCCCGCACACCUGCCGCCCGGGGAGGAGGGGCUGACUGUGGGGGAGGUAAACGCCGCUUUGGACCGCUUGGCUGCCCUGGCAGCGGCCCCAGCAGCGGGCGGACAACAACAGCAGCAGCAGCAGCCCGAGACGACCAUCCGCACCGCCGCCGCCGCUUCGGGCACUGCGGGUGUGCCUGCUGCUGCUGCUGCUGCUGCUACUGGCGCUGCUGCUGGCGCUGGCGCUGGUCCCCCGCCGCACCCUCCGCCGCAUCAUCCAGCCCAGCAGCCGCCCCCGCUGCCGCCUGCUCCCCCACUGCACCUGCA